GUUCUUGCUUCCAGGUGGAAAUUUUCACCCCAUACCGUAUAUUAAGUACUUCUAAAGGUUCCAAAUUUAAUUAUUACACAUUUAAUUAUUAUUAUUAUUUUGUAAAAUUAUAAUUUAAAAAAUUCAGGCUUCGCUACACAAUAAUUUCUGCAAUCCUAACACACUAUUGUCCUCCAAAUGUUCCUCAUGCUUCCAGGUGGAAAUUUGUUCCUACUACCUUAUUAAAGUCAUUCUAACGGUCCCAAAAUUGACCUUGAAAAAAAAGCAGGCUUAGCUACACAUCUUAAAUAGCUUCUGCACUCAAAACACGCUAUUGUCCUCCAAAUGUUCCUGCUUCCAGGUCGAAAUCUCUGCCUCCUGCCUUAAAUGAAGUACUUCUAAAGGUUCCAAACUGACUUUGUAAAAUAAAAAACAGGCUUUGCUACACAUCUUAAAUCAUUUCUGCACUCCGAACAUGCUAUUGUUCCUCCAAACGUUCCUCAUGCUGCCAGGUGGAAAUCUCUCCUUACUACCUUAUUAAAGUCAUUCUAACGAUCCCAAAAUUGACCUUGGAAAAAAAAGCAGGCUUAGCUACACAUCUUAAAUAGCUUCUGCACUCAAAACACGCUAUUGUCCUCCAAAUGUUCUUGCUUCCAGGUCGAAAUCUCCACUUCUUACCUUAUGUUACGUACUUCUAAAUGUCCCAAAAUUUACUUUGUUGGAAAAAAACAACUGCAGGCUUCCCUACACAUCUUAAAUGGUUUCUGCACUGCAAACAUGCUUGUCCUCCAGAUGUUCCUCAUGCUUCCAGGUGGAAAUUUGUUCCUACUACCUUAUUAAAGUCAUUCUAACGGUCCCAAAAUUGACCUUGAAAAAAAAGCAGGCAUCGCUAUACAUCUUAAAUAGUUUCUGCACUCAAAACACGCUGUUGUCCUCCAAAUGUUCCUGCUUCCAGGUGGAAAGCUCUUCUUACUACUUUAUUAAAGUAAUUCGAACAGUUUCAAAAUGGACUUAGCAAAAAAAAAUGCAGGCUUUGCUACUCAUCUUAAAUUGUUUCUGCCCUCCAAGCACACUAUUGUCCUCAACAUGUUCCUGUUUCUAGGAGGAAACUUUUCACCCCAUACCUUAUAUAAGUACUUCUAAAGAUUCCAAACUGACUUUAUAAAAGAAUAGUUAAAAAAAAGCAGGCUUCGCUACACAUCUUAAAUAGUUUCUGCACUCUGAACGCGGUAUUGUCCUUCAAACGUUCCUGCUUCCAGGUGGAAAUCUCUGCCUCCUACCUGAUGUUAAGUACUUCUAAAGGUUCCAAAUUGUCUUUGACUAAAGCAGGCUUUACUACACAUCUUAAAAUGACCUUUAACUCUAGCUCCAACCUCUACCUGCAGCGUGAUGCUCUAAAAAAAGAGCGUGUGAGUGCUGCGUGGCAGCAGGACGUGCUGCGAGGGGUUUUUAGUGUCACACGAGCACAUUGUGGUUGUUUGUGUGUAUGGUCAGCGUGGGAUUACCUUGUCAGCACUUCACUCUCUCCUCUAAGCCCUGAAAUGUGUUCAUGUCUGCCGCCAUUUUUCAAUCAUCUUUCAUUUUCCUCUGCUGAGAACUGCUCUUUUGGAGGAAGAGUGUCGUGUGUGUGUUUGUGUGUGUGUGUGUGUGUGUGUGUGUGUGUGUGUGUGUAGUGUCUUUUGCAGUGACACACCUCCAUGUGCUAUCUUUCGCAUCUGUUCAUGCUGUGCUGCAACAUUUUUAUUGGCGUCUGCGAGUGACUCAGCACUUUGUUUGGGGAUUACAUCACCUCUAAAAAGUUUAGUGGGUGCAACAAAGCCGUCUCUGCAAUUGCUUUUGAAUGUUUGGGUUUUUUAAUGAAAAUGUUGCCAGUCUAGGGUCAAUGGAUGGAAAUAAAAGCAAUACAGUCAAACCUUGGUUUUCAUAAGUUUUCAUAUGAUUUGGUUUUCGACAGAGAUUUUCAGGGAAAUGUAUCCAUUUCAUCCGUCAUUGAUGAUCAUUUUGCAUGUAAAGCUGUAAUUAUUUUUCUCUAAAAUUUAGUUUGUGGGUGUCUGGAACAGAUGAAUUGGAUAUACAUGAUUUACUAUGGAAGAAAUCAUGGAAAAACUGAAUAAGAAAAAGCAAGCUUCCACUGUAUUAUAUCUCUUAAAUCAGGGGUGUCAAACUCAAUCGCACUGGGGGCCAAAAGUCAAAGCCUACUUCAGGUUGUGGGCUGAACUGGACAUUAGCGCCCACCCACCACCCCAACUUUGUAUCUUUCUUAUUAUUUAUCCUGAAAUUUUCAUCACUUGUAUAUUCUGCAUAUUGAAAGUAUUAAAAACCUUACAACCUUCUUGUCCUUGUAACCAACAUAAUUGGUGAAUGAAGCACACUCGUAUGCAUCAUCUGUGCACACACACAGAUGCUCAUUUGAAGUCACCAACAUGACAGGACAUGCCCCAAUAAUCCAGGCUGGAAAACAUAGUAGUCAGUAUGGUUAGAUUUUAAGGAAAUAUCUCAUUAGAACUGACGAAGAGAUCAGUAAGCAGCCUGCACAUCUUUUAUCUCGGUUCACGAGUGGAACAUGCAAUAUAAUGGUGGUUGGGUUGUCAGGUUGGGACAAAAUGUGCGUGGCAGCUGGUGAAUGUGUGUUUAUGCGGCCUUCCAUUUUUUUUUUUAAACUUCAUUCGUGUAGACGGACAUUUUUUAACAUCAGAGUGGGGGAAUGUGCAUUUGUUCGUGUCCGUUCAUCCCUGCUUGAAAUUUAUACUUUCUGAUAUACGGCUGUGGUGCUCUUGGCGUGGUUGUUCCUUUCACUAAAGCGAUUGUUGAUGGACUGCCUCUUCGUCAUUCUUUCAAUGUCUGGGCACAAGCUACAGUGUUUUAUAUAAACACAAAAACAUCACAAUACGUGAGAUGUGUAAUUCAGAUGUGGAAUGGGCAGAUUACGCAUUUCCCAGCAUGCUUUGCUGUAGUUAAAAUGAUUACUCUUGACUGUAUUGUGCCUCUUUACAGACAGGGUGUAAUAGUUUUUAGUCGUUGGUCAGUUAAAUGAUUGUGACUUUUGAUCUGAAUCUGGCACCCUUAUCAAGAAUGGUUGUGAAUUUUGUAAUACUGUAUAGACAAUAUUGUUGACACUUAUAAAAUUAAAAUGCCUGAGGAGUAGUUUAUAUCGGAGGAAUCGCUUAAUCACGCAGAUUGCUGUAAACACUUUGUUUGAUCAAGUCCGCGAGGCGGGCCAACUCAUUGCUAUUUUUCCAGUUCCGCGGGCCGGAUGAAAUUGCAACACGGGCCUGAGAUUGACACAUUUGCCUUAAAUGGAGACUGACACGCACACGAACAGUGUAGCCGGGUCGCAGAACGACUGUAAAGCAUGCAGUCGCCCCUCGCCAGUUUCUGUAUAUAAAGCCACGUUGUAUAAUGAAAACGCCAUACAGACAGCCGAGUCACAUGACGAUCUUGUAACCGUGUCCGUUACGGUGACAAAAUCGCAUCAUAUCACAAAUGUAACUAGGCUGGCUGACGUCGAACUGAAGUGUGGAAUAAAUGUUUGCUAUUCACCUGCUGAGGAUCGAACCAGCCGCCAUCAGGCUGGGAGACGACCACUCUACCACCUGAGCCACGUCAGCCUGUACAAUGAGUGGAAUAUUGCAGUCAUGGAAAAUGUCAAAUAAUUUUGCACCAUGCUUCAAGCAUUCACACGGUUAAUCGUUCAGCCCUAGCAAACGGUAGUUCUACUCAUGAACCGCUGCACACAACAUGGUGACGUUUGGUUUCAAAACAGCCACCCCUACCCUAGCCGAACAUCAAGAAAUUUCGUCCACACCUUUUGGGAACUGACCAGCACAUGUGUAAAAUUUGAGCAAGCUUUGUUGAGAAACAUGGCCGCCAUCAAGCAAAUCGUGUUGGCAGGAGCACUUGGAAAGUAAUUGUCCAUAAAUCAUUAAGCAUUUGUCUUUUGAUUAUAAAACUUUGAGGAUAUUUGUAUAGCAUGUGUGCUAAAAUGUGUUUGAAAUCAUUUUGACCACAACCCAUAGGGGGCGCCACAGUCACGCUUUCAGUCUUUUUCAAUGGGUGAUGCAGUCCAGUGUUCAGCUGCAUGAAAAAUCAAGCGGAAAGUGUGCAGAGAGAAAAUUCCUCAUUUGUCUUCAUUAGGCAGCUGAUUAAUUACGCAAUCAAAUCAUCACAUUUCCAGAUAUGCCGUCUUCAUUAGCGCAAGGCACGACGCGUCUUGCUAUUAUUUAUGUCGGACCGCGGGAGGCUUCAUUAGCUGCCGGCCGAUGAGGCGCGCCGCUUUCUAAAUUUAGCAGCGUUUGUUUAUCCCCGAGUAGCCACGUGUUGGGUGCUACGAUGUGUGCAUACAAACGGGCUUCAUUCCACCUGUGCUCGACAUUUGCCUUUUCUACACCUCUUUUGAAGCCUCUUUAACUCCUGUGAUCAGGAUUAGACCCGUGGAAAAAGAGGAUGUCGACGACGAGGCUCCUUUAAAAUAUGUCAAGAGCUGCCUGUGCACUGAGCCACAAUGCAAGCAAAUUCUACUUUUUUUGUGGAUGAUUUCAGUCCGAGGAUUGCAGGAUCUGCGUCGAAUGAGGGCUUGAGAGGAACAAGAGUUUAAAUGGCAAGUUGGGUGUCCCUGCUUCUCUUCCUCGCCUGCCAGUGGACCUCGAGAGCCCAAGAGGCCAGCCCCGACCUCCCCGAGUUCCCCUCAGAGACGCCCAUAAACAACGUGGUCCAGGACCCGCGUACGGGCCGCGUGUACGUGGGAGCCGUCAACGCUGUCUACCAACUGGGAGCGAAUCUGCGACUGGAAGCCCGGGCGGAGACGGGCCCCAAAAAGGACGCCAGGACGUGCACGCCGCCGGCUUCCGCCUGCCAGGACACCAAGCUGAUGCCCAACAUCAACAAGCUGCUGCUGGUCCACCCGGCUAACGGUUCCCUCAUCGUGUGUGGGAGCCGCUACCGGGGCAUCUGCUCCUUACUGAACCUGUCCAACGUGGACCAGCAGCUCUACUACAGCGACAGCAAGGGGGAGAGGACUUACGUGGCGAGCAUAGAGGACAACGUCAACGUGGUGGGCGUCAUGUCCACCUUCACGAAAGACCAACACAAGUUUGAUGUGUUCCUCGUGGGUAAAGGCUACGGAAGCCAGGACAGCACCAAGAUCAUCACCACCAGGAUUCUGCAGGAUUUCCGAGAGUGGGUGGUGUUUGAGAGCAUCAUCGAGGCGUCCACCAUUCAGACCAUGCCCUUCGGUCCUCGGUACCUUCAUGACUUCAGGCACGCCUUCGCAGCCGACGGCUUUGUUUACUUCGUCUUUUCCAGGACUCUGGACGGCACCGACAACAAGAACCUGACCUUUGUGUCCCGUCUGUGCGAGAAUGACCACCAUUUGUAUUCGCACACGGAGCUGCAGCUCAAAUGCGGCCAGGAUAACCGAUACAGCAAAGUGCACGCUGCCUACGUGGCGUCCCCGGGAAAGGAGCUGAGUCGUGUCAUGACCGAGUCCGGGAUGUACGGGAAGGUGCAGCCCUGGAAUAAAGUUCUCUUCAUGGUGGCCAGCUCGGAGGACGACCACAGUGAGUCGGCUCUGUGCAUGUACACGCUCAACGCCAUCAACGAGCGGCUGGUGGACAUCAUCACCGCCUGCUACAGCGACUCGGGGAAGAUAUCAGGCUUCCCUGCCGUUGACAUCCCGUACUCGUCCAAAACGGCAGAAUUCUGCACCUCGAAAAUUGCGAAGGACACGCUAGAACAGUACAAGUGCGGUGGAGACUUCCUUCCAACGCCUCUGGCCAGCAAGCCCAGAUUCGCCUUGAAGUCCAACGCCGUGUUGACCAAGCCGGGCCUUUUGACUGCAGCGGCCAUCGCCGUGGAGAAUGACCACACCGUUGCCUUCUUGGGGAACAACCAGGGAGAAGUCUUCAAGGUGCACCUGACAUCCACGCCAUACGUGUACAGCAAGGCUCCUGGCGACACCUUGGGGGAGACGGUCAACAAGAACCUUUUCUUCGACAUGGACUACAGCCACCUCUACAUCACCACUGAUAAAAAGAUCACCAAGGUGCCCGUGGAGACGUGCCUCCAAAAGAAAGACUGCCAAUCUUGCGUGAACACGAGGGACCCUUACUGUGGCUGGUGUGUCCUGGAGGGCAGGUGCACCAGGAGGUCUGAGUGCCGGCGGGCAGAGGAGAAGAAUGGCUGGCUGUGGAGCCCCAGGCAGCAAUGUGUCAAGAUCCUCUCCUUCUACCCUCCCAACCUCUCUUGCAAGAAGAGCCAGAAGGUGAAGAUCAAUAUCUCCUCCCUGCCUGCCAUCGGCCCUUCGGACCGUCUGCAGUGCUCCUUCAAGAACUUCCAGAGCGAGGGCGUCAUGUGGGACUCCGGCCAGGUCUCCUGCGACCUGCCCCGUCCCUCGCUAAUACCCCAAACACCUGAGGACCAAGCAGAUUUCGUGGCCGUGCCGGUGAGCAUUUUCGUCAACAAUACGGUGGAGUUGGUCACGCGUGACUACCAGUUCUACAACUGCGCCGCCACCGUGAAGAAGUCUGAAAACACGCCGUGCAUGUCAUGCGUGGCCAGUCCGUGGCGCUGCCAGUGGAACACCCACGACCACACGUGUAGCGACAUGGACGACGGCGUGCUGGGUGCUAACAUCAUCAAGCACCGACAGGGUGCAAAGUGUCCUCAGUUCGAGAAUCCCGACCCGAUGCUGAUCCCUGUAGGCUACAAGAAGCCAAUCAGCUUUGAGGGCAUCAAUCUGGACCUUUACCAGGGGCAUGUUUUCACCAUCGGCACCGAGCUCAUGAGAAAUGUGGAGGAGGAGGUCAACUUUGAGGACGGACCUUUCUACACCUUCAGUGGAUUUAAUUUUUCCUACGAUAAGUCACCGGAGACCAACGUUGUUCUUUACGUGAAGGACAAAGAGCUGGGAAAGAAGAUGGACAGCACGCUAAAUGUCACCCUGUACAACUGCUCAGUGGGCAGAGAGGACUGCAGUUUGUGCAAGAACGCCGACCCUAAGUACAGAUGUGUGUGGUGCUCCAAGCACAAGGCCUGCGUCUAUGAACAGCUGUGUGCCCCCGACCAGCAAGGCUCAGAGGACCCCCAUCACGCCGAGUGUCCCGCCCCCGAAAUCACUGAUAUCAUCCCUCGCUAUGGCCCCCUGGAGGGCGGCAUCGCCGUCACCAUCCGUGGCUCCAACCUGGGAAUCCGCAAGGAGGACAUUAAACACAUCACUGUGGCCGGGGAGCCCUGUAUUCAUCAGCAGGAGAAGUACUCGGUCUCCACGAGUGUGGUAUGCGUGAUCGGCCGCGUGACCCCCGGUAAUCCCUUGUGGGGCCAAGUGGAUGUGGAGGUCAGAGGAGGAAAGAAAGGAACCUCCUCCAUAUUCUUCACCUACAGGCACCCGAUUCCUCAAGCGGUUACGCCCAGUCGAGGUCCCAAAGCUGGGGGCACCCUCAUUACCAUCACUGGAAGCUUUUUGGACACGGGUAGUAAGGAGGACAUCCAGGUCGCCGUUGGAGGAGUGGGCUGCAGUGUGGAACACUUCGGAGCAGAAAUCACUUGCAGGACAGGAGAGUACCGAGCUGAUAAGGUGCCCUCUGACCCCCUCUCCGUCAUGGUGAAGUAUGGGACGAGCACCCUGACAUACGUCCACAGUGCUUUCCAAUUCUUGGAGAACCCCACCAUGCUGGACCAUCAACCCAAAGCAAGUUUUGUCUGCGGUGGCAGAAACAUUGUCGUGACUGGCUCAGGUUUUGAUAUCAUCCAACGAGCCGUCAUGAAGGUCCAGGGAGACAACUCGACAUCAUUUGAGGCGGCGCACGAGAAGAACGACACCGUCAUCCAGUUCCGCUCCCCGACGGUCAAUGGCUCGCUGAGUCAGCACGCCAGGACGUACAUCCAGCUGGACAACUGGGAGAAGGAGCUAAAGAACUUCGACUACCACCCAGACCCCGUCUUCUACGAGCUACCCAAGAGGCUCUUCACGGAGGCCAGCAUCAUCAUCGUUAACGGUCGAGGCUUCUCCAAAGCCAUGACGGCCAAGGAGGCUCAGGCCUUCGUGGGCGACGUCCCCUGCGUGGUCAACACCCUCCAGGACGACAAGCUGUUCCUGGACCCGCCCUCCACCCAGCCCCGUGCUCGCUCCCGCAGGCAGCGCCGCGACACUCGGCCCGAGCUGCUGGAUCUAAUGAUCAAGUUCGGCAAAGGGGAGUGGGUGGUGGGCUCGGUGCAGUACGAGAAGAAGAACGAUUUGUCGCUCUACAUCAUCAUCCCUGCUGUCAUCGUGCCCAUGCUGCUCAUCAUUGCCGUCUCCGUCUACUGCUACAGGAGGAAGAGUCAACAGGCGGAGAGAGAGUACGAGAAAGUCAAACACCAGCUGGAGAACCUGGAGGAGAGCGUACGAGACCGCUGCAAGAAAGAAUUCACAGACCUCAUGAUCGAAAUGGAGGACCACACAAACGACCUGAGCGAGGGUCGGAUCCCCUUCCUGGACUACAAGACCUACACGGACCGUGUCUUCUUCCUGCCCUCCAAGGACGGCGCCAACGACGUGAUGAUAACGGGCAAGCUGGACAUCCCCGAGGCUCGGCGGGCCACCGUGAUGCAGGCCCUCAACCAGUUCUCCAACCUUCUCAACUCCAAGACUUUCCUCAUCAAUUUUAUCCGCACACUGGAGCGCAGCCAUGACUUCAAUGCCAGGGCCAAAGUGUACUUCGCCUCACUGUUGACGGUGGCGCUGCACGGGAAGCUGGAGUACUACACGGACAUCAUGAGGACCCUGCUGCUGGAGCUUAUGGAGGAGUACGUCCACAGCAAAAACCCCAAGCUUAUGUUGCGACGGUCAGAGACGGUGGUAGAAAGGAUGCUGUGCAACUGGAUGUCCAUCUGUCUCUAUCAGUUCUUAAAGGACUCAGCAGGCGAGCCCUUGUACAAACUGUUCCGCGCCAUCAAGCACCAGAUCGAGAAAGGACCCGUGGACGCCCGAGUGAAGAAAGCCAAGUACACCCUGAACGACACGGGCCUGCUGGGUGAUGAUGUGGAGUACUCCGUCCUGACCCUGCAGGUGCUGGUGCACGGCGAGGGUCCAGAUGUGACUCCCGUCAAGGUUCUGAACUGCGACACCAUCUCGCAGGUGAAAGAGAAGAUCAUCGAGCUGGUGUACAGGAAUCUGCCCUACUCCAUGCGGCCCAAAGUCGACAGCGUCACGCUGGAAUGGCGCCCGGGGUCGACUGGGCAGAUUUUAUCCGAUCUGGAUUUGACCUCGCAGAAGGAGGGCAGAUGGAAACGCAUCAACACUCUGGCUCAUUACAACGUACGCGAUAACGCCACAGUAGUGUUAUCGCGGGUGCUUCACACGCAGCAGAACUACGAGCAGAACCAGGAAAACCACGAAGAGCGGAACGCUCUGUUGGAUGAUGACAAGGUGUUCCACCUCGUGAGGCCCGCCGACGAGCUGGAUGAGAUCAAGUCCAAACGGGGAAGCAUUAAAGACAAGUCCAUGACCAAAGCCAUUACGGAGAUUUAUCUCACAAGACUGCUUUCUGUCAAGGGAACACUGCAGCAGUUUGUGGACGACUUCUUCCGCAGCGUGCUGUGCUCCGGGGCGGUGGUGCCGCCGGCGGUCAAAUACUUCUUUGACUUCCUGGACGAGCAGGCGCUGAAGCACAACAACGUUGACGACGAGACCAUUCACAUCUGGAAGACCAACAGCCUGCCUCUACGGUUUUGGGUGAACAUCCUGAAGAAUCCCCACUUCAUCUUUGACGUCCACGUGUCGGAAGUGGUGGAUGCUUCGCUCUCCGUCAUCGCCCAGACCUUCAUGGACGCCUGCACCAAGACUGAGCACAAACUCAGUCGGGACUCUCCAAGUAACAAACUUCUCUAUGCAAAGGAGAUCUCCACUUACAAGAAGAUGGUGGAUGAUUACUACAAGGGCAUCAGACAGAUGGUCCCUGUCAGUGACCAGGACAUGAACACUCAUCUGGCAGAGGUGUCACGGGCUCACACAGACAAGCUGAACACACAAGUGGCUCUCCAUCAGCUGUACCGGUACGCCAGCAAGUACUAUGACGGGAUCAUCUCCUCCCUGGAUGAGGACCCAGCAGCACAGAGUAAGCAGCUGACCCUGCGGCUCCAGCAGAUAGCAGCCGCCCUGGAAAACAAAGUGACUGAUCUCUAACGUGGAGAUAGGCUGGGCGGGAUAGUUUGCUGCAUCCUGCCAGUGACUACAGGGGCUUAUUUCGUGGGGGGAAGAAAACACACACACAGGGGAAGACAGGAGUGGCGUGUUGUUGUGCAACAUUGCCCUGGGACAAUAUUCCAAUAAUAUUCUCUUGUGCGGCGUAUCAUUGGGAUGCAAAUGGAGAGCUGAUGAUGUGUUGCGCGAUGCAAAGGUACGCCUUAAAGCUCACUUGCCAAACCUUAAAAAAAAAAAAAAAAAAAAAAAGACUUGAGUCAGGCUCCGGGAAGUAAGCCCCUGUGCGGUGCACUGGUGCAGGAGAUAAUCAGAUGUUCCAUUUCUUUCCUGUGUAGAAGAGGUUUUGAGAAUUGUAUGAUAUAUUUUUUUUAAUCGUCUUUAUGCCGAAAGCUUUAUAAGGAAACACAAAAAAUAUCUUUUUAAAUGGAUGGCCUCGUGGUGCGGGUAGUGUUUUUAUUAAAUGUUGCGUGUGUGUGUGUGUGUGUGUGUGUGUGUGUGUGUGUGUGUGUGUGUGUGUGUGUGAGAGCACAGGAUGCCUAAAGUCAGGCGUGAGGUCUAGUAGACGGAGACCAAAGUGUCCUCACCCAAGGACAUACAUGUACAGGCUCAUGUGAAUGAAUAUGGUUAUAUUUUUAAUGUUGUUUUUAAGCCGUGUUUGUGUGUGUGGGUGCGUUUGUGGAAAACCACUAAUAGCACAAUAGUCUGUCUCCCUUUAUUGUUCAGUGCCAUGGUACAUUCCACUUCAAGCAAGCACAGAAGAACAUUUCCAAUGUUUUUUGCUAUGUUUCAUUUCUUUGCUGCUAUCUGUGUUCCAUCGCGGAGCCCUCACGUCAGCCCUGCCAGGAAGUACCAUCACUGGCUUAGCACGUUCCCAACAGAAGUCGGACGGAUAUCGUACGAAAACACUCAUCGCGCAUAUAUUUUCACACUAAAUGUUAUGAAUAGUUUUUAUUGGGUUUCUAAAAGUCAAAGUCAGUAAGGGAGGCACACUUGUUUCGUCAUAAAAUAAUGUCUUUUGUGCUUUUUAUCAUGAAUUUAUAUAUUGGAUGUCAACUUUAUGUCAAUUCAGAGGUUAUUUUAUAGUGCUUCACUUCUUUUUACAUUUGCGAAACAUGUCAAAAUGUGUAAGUCAUGCACAGUUUACAGUUCAUAAAGCUCUCAUGAUAAUUAUGCCUAAUUCCAUUCAUUUCAAUGGGAAAAGAAUGUGUUUGACCUUAGAUCAGGGGUGGGCAAACUAUGGCUUGUGGGCCACAUCCGGCCCGCUGGACAUUUCUGUAUUAUUAUUUUUUUUAAUAUCCGACAACAUUACUUGCAAUGCUAUUGUGACGAAAGUGUAAAGGUGGCUAUAGGGAUGUUAUUUCAUGUCUAGUCAUGUUAAACGGAAUUUAGUAGGUCAUUUCUACGCUCUGACUAUGAACAUAUUCCAUUUAUAAAUAAGGAAUCCUACUUUGUGGAAAUUAUGGUCGAAAUUGGAACCUAUUAUCUGCGAUAAACAAGGAAUAUUAUUAAAUGUUUCGCCUUUGGAUUGUAAAUAUGCAAUUUGCAGUAAAGUGUUUGUUAUGAGAGGGUAUCUUGCUUUAAAACUUGUAAAAUAAUAAUUCAUGCUGCGUUCAUGCGCACACAGGAAGCAGUCAGAGCCCGUCAACACUUGAGAAAAAGCAAAAACACCACAAGUGAAGAUACAUAUGACACACAACGUGACCUACCCACUGUAUACAACGAAACAUCUACGCACAAUACACGUGUCAAAAUUACACCCCCUUGUCCCGCCGCAAAGCAUGCUGGGUAGCUUGCGCGACACUCUCUUCCUGUUUUUGCUUGAUUACACAACAAGUCAAGGAAGUUGUCUGGGAAGUAAACAAGGUGAGACAUUCCCAUACUCUUGAUUUUAAUGUUUUAUCCUUCAUAGUCUUAUUCCAUGGUUGAAUACGGCCUAUUAUUAGUCCAAAAAUAUUCAGAUUUAAGCAAAUUUUUUGUAUUUUCAAGCUUAAAAACGGGUAAAUUAACUAAUAUACAAAUAUAAGGCAUUCAGAAGAUGCAUGUGACCUGUGUAUUCUACACAGGUCAAUAGGUGUCAGUAAUGUUACAUUAAUGGAACAAUAGACACCACAGGAAGUACUGUACAGGAAGUAAAAAAAAAAAUCAGCAAGGAACUCUCCCAAUGUUAUCAUGUGUCAGUCUAUGUUAUGUCUUUCUCUUAUUAUGUCUACAAUAUUGGCUAAUUGGAGUGUAAAGGUGACGUUAGGGUUGUUAUGUCAUGUCUAGAGGGCUCUAAUAAUGUUAGAAAGCGUAUUUAGAAGGUUGUAAACAGGUUUCUAUGCUCUACCUGUGAAAAUAUUCUAUGUAUAAAUAAGGAAUGAUACAUUUUUUAAUUUUUUUUAACCCAAUGUGGCUCGCGAGUUAGAAAGUUUGCCCACCCCUUCUUUGGAUGGUUGGUUGCACAUAAACCUCUUUUUUCAACAACAAGCUUCUUCGAUCAUCCGCCAAAUAUGUUACUUUUCUGCAUUUUAGUACAAAAUCUUACUAAGUUCUUGUAAGAGCGGCUCACUCACAAAACGCACCCGCUUAUGAUAGCAAUAGAAUCCUAAGUAAACGUGUUGUAAUUGAUUACUAUUAUGAUUAUUAUUAAGACGCUAUUUUGUGCCAUUUUUUUGGAUGCGUGUGUAUCUGUUGUCCAAAUAAUCACCAAGCAUCCUGCCUCUAAAAGCUAUAAAAUAGCCCUUUGCUGAGUGCCGUCAAUAACUUGCCAGGUCUGCAGUUGGUACUUUUUUCAAACGGUACAUUAGUGAAGAAAGUGGCUUGUAAAUAUUUGUUAUUGUGUGGAAUCAAGGUGGAGUGGCUGAGUAGGAGUGAUGGUCAUUAGCUCAUUCAUUCAUGCAACAUUCCUUCUUUACUGUGUAGGCUAAUGGAGGUGUUUUUCUGUACCCCACCACGCUUGAGUGUAUACCUAUCCACGCUUGUGUGUGUACUUCACCAUUGUGUGUGUGUGUUUAAUCAUGGGAGUCUGUAUUCAUGGUUGCGUGCACCUCGCCAUGGUUUGUAUACCUGGCCGUGAUUAUGUGUGUACCUGGCCAUACUUUUGUGAAUGCACAACCAUGCCUGUGCCUCACCCUGCCAUGAUGAUGUCACUUUCCCAAGGUUUGUGUGCACCUGAACAUUGAUGCAUGUGUGCCUCACUGUGCUUGUGUCGCUAACUAUGGUUGUGUGUAGGGAUGUCCGAUAAUAUCGGCGUAUCAUAUAUUGGCAUAAAAAUGUAAUAUUGGUUGAUAUCGGAGUUUUCCCUAUAAUGAAAACCGAUCAUUAGAACUGCUGUAUAUAGGCCUAUGGGUUGCUGUACUUGCCGUCAUCGAGGCAAUACGCGGAAAUGCUUAGUCACGUCCUGUGUUAUUCCUCGCAGUCGGAACUGGGCUUCGAUAUGUCGAAACCACGAGGUGGGUGUGUCAACACAGAUAGCACCUACAUUAGCUAACUCUUUAUCCUUGCAGCAGCGCCCGCACGGUCUCGUUGUCACUGUUGUCAGGGGACAUUUUUACCCACGUCGAGGGUCACCGACCGAAUGUGGAGAUACGAUUCACGAGACAGAAGUCGAGGUCGGUGGCACCGAUCACUUUACUAUCCACUCAGCUCAACAACAAGCAAUAAUUCCGUCUAAAAUGUCUAAAACAAUUUUGUGGGUCACCACAAUGUGUUAAUUCCAUGACAGGAGAUAUGUGGUGUUACACCUAUCGGCAUUGGUUGGCAUCGCAAUCGGAAAUUGAGUCGGACAAUAUCGGCAUUUCGGUUAUCUGCAGAAAAGCCAAUAUCGGACACCCCCAGUUGUGUGUGUACCUAAUCAUGGUUAUGUGUGUACCUCGCCAUUGUGUCUGCAUGUGUAUGAAUGUGUGCGUGCGUGUGCCAAACCAUGGUGGUGUGUGUACCUCACCAUAGUUGUGUACACCUUGCCAUUGUGUGUACAGCUGACCAUGGUUGCGUGUAUUCCUGACGAUAGUUGUUUGCAUUCCUAAACAUGGUCCUGUGUGUACACCUGACUGUGGUUGUGUGUAGCUGACGAGCAUACCAAGCUCCAGAGACACCCUAGAAUGUUUAAACCCUGCCUCGGCAAGAGAGGGGCAGCGUUCAUCUGGACUAACAGCGCAUUGCCCCGCCCACUCUCUGCCACUCACCCCAAUGGCAUCAUGAGGGGUUUGAGGGUCUGCCUUUACUGCAGACUCCUCUGGCUGGCAGAGUUGAUGCAAGAAGCUUCUUUCAGAGCCUUUUUUUGACCAAACAUGUGCCUUAUGGAUUAGGAGGAUACUUAUUAUGAUGUUUCUCUCGGUAACCUAGGUAACCACCAUGACGACAGUGCUAUAGACACAGCAAUGUACUUGGACUUGUGAUAGAUGACGUGUGCCGUCUAAAAUGAUAGAUGCCCUGCUGCAGCAGAGUGUGUGUGUGCGUGUGCCAAUUAGGGGUGGGCGUCAUGAUAUGAUUGAUACAUUGCAAUAUUGAUAUUGUGUCUCACCCGUUGCCAAUCGGCUGAAUACAUGUCAUAGUGAUUUCUUUGGCAGUGUUGACGUGUGUGCGUUUCUGUUGCGUGUCUGUGAUGUGCGCUUUGUAGGCCCAGGAAAGCCAAACUGAUGUAAAAAGUAUCCAAUGUGAUUUGGAUUUCCCAUAAAAACAUUCCUAAAUUAGUCAAUAAAAACUGUGUGUGUGUGUGUGUGUGUGUGUGUGGUGUGUGGUGUGGGGGUUAUUCUUGGGUAGAUAUGAGUAGAGCGCAAAAGUGUUGCAGUGGUGUUGAUAUUUUUUGCUACUCCAGUGUUUCUUAGCUACUCCACCGUGUGUGCGAAUCUUUACCUAUACUCCACAAAUGACCUUUCUUACUGCUGUGCAGUUAUUUUUAUUAUUUCCUUCUUUGCUAUAACAUAUAAAUCUUUGUAAAACAAUGUUGAAAUACUGUAUUCUGACUGUAUAAUCCUAUGCAUUGAGUCCUGGAAGAAAAUAAGAAAAGACAGGGGAAAAAAAACAAUAACCUGGUGCUGAGUCUUUAUUUUUUUUCUUUUUGCAGUUUUUGAACUUGGGCAUGUGCUUUAAUGUUUAAAAAAUGGACACAUUUUCCCUCUUAAGCCGCUGCAGGCCUUUUGCCUGAUAUACUGCUGUUAAUUUAAUUUAACAAAGGUACCGUGUGUGUGUGUGUGUGUGUGUGCGCGUGGAGCGCUUACGCACAGAUUUCAUCACGCGCUGAAUCCCGUGUGAAUAAGCUCAGAAAGACCAAUAUGCCCUUCAUAUCGGCCGUGUUUUCUUUUCACUUUUCCAAUUGUGAUUGGCUUCAAAUAAAGCUCUCCCCGCACAUGCAUAUUGCAUGAUUUACAAUCACCUUGGGCUGCCGAGACGUAUUUGCCACACGCCCAAUUUCUUUUUGAAGUUAACUGGUAUUUAUACAGCUCAUUUCAGCAUCCUCGCCUUCACACGGCAGCUGACGCCCGGCCGGGAGUUGGAGUAAUAAGUUCACUGGGGAAUGAUUUCGUUACGCACACUUUAGGAAGCAGAGUUGAACCUCCAAGGUCGAACUUAAU